UUAAGCCGUGUUGUCCUCUCUGCCACGGGCUGCUUCCCUCCGACUCCUCUGCCGUCCCAGGACCUCUCCGGACACCAUGGGCCUGUUGGACAUCUUCUCCUCCAUCAGAGACCGAGCUGAGAAGUUUCUGAAUGAGAAAAACGUGGUGACAGACGCCUUAGCGAGGAUAGAGGAGAAGACGGGGAUCCGGAAGAAAAUCGUUGCCUUUGGUGCCGUCUCACUGACCGGACUUUACCUGGUGUACGGGUACGGCGCCUCGCUCCUCUGCAACCUGAUCGGCUUUGCCUACCCAGCCUAUUACUCAAUCAAAGCCAUUGAAAGUCCGUGCAAAGAGGACGACACCAAAUGGCUGACGUACUGGGUGGUGUACGGCGUGUUCAGCCUGGGAGAGUUCUUCUCUGAUAUCUUCCUCUACUGGUUUCCGUUCUACUACGCCUUCAAGUGUCUGUUCCUGCUGUGGUGCAUGGCCCCCACGUCAUGGAACGGCUCCCAAGUCAUCUACGACAAAGUGGUUCGUCCCAUCUUCCUCCGCCACGAGGCCACGGUGGACAACAUGGUCAACGACCUCAGCGGGAAGGCCAUGAACGCCGCCGAGAACCUCACCAGGGAAGUCCUGUCCACGCUGAUCAAGAACAAAACCUUCAGUAUGCCGGUGCCCAAAGUCGCCCCGUCUGACGCUAAGGGCUUACCAGAGGCAUCCGGAGAAACAUCAGGAGUGAAAGUCUCUCCGUCAGAGCAGAAUGGAGAAGAGCGAAGGCCUUUCCUCGGUUAACCAGUCUGGAUGAGAUCGGUGUAGACUGACGCCGUACAGGAGAGGAGGAAGAAUAGGAUCCUCACUGAGGAGGAGGAGGAAAAAGCCAGGACGUCGCCCUUCAUUCUGACGGAUCCCGGAGACUGUUCCUGUUCAUCUAUCUUUUAGUCCAAUAGCUGAGGAACUCUUUGUUUAUCUUUAUUUAAUGUCUUUAAGAUUUGGGGAUCACUGGUUUGUUUUUGUUUUUAUAUUCGCUGUUUCCCCGUCCUAAAAAUGUUCCCGUUUGAGGUUCAUCAUCGUUUAGGGACGAAAUAUUAAAUCAGGGGAUUGAAGUUUUUAAAGAGCUUAAUCCCCAAAUCCUCUUGUGAAAUCCCCCCCUCCCAUUUACCCCCAUACCCAGCAGCACCACCCGUACCGAACCAAUCACGAUGGGGCGGGGGCGGGGUUUAUGUGAUGACUCUUACACUAUUCAAAACAUGAUCAACAAGUUUUUAACGUAAAACAAAACAACAAAGUUUGAUACUGGUCUGAUUGUAGCUCCGCCCCCUUCAGAGCAAUCCUCCUUGUGAUUGGUUGUAUUUCCGGAGGCAUUUUCUUCUGCAAGCCUAGGUUCUGGUGCUGGUCGUCCAACCCAAAGAAACCACUCUAAUUCUUUGUAUGGAAGGGUUACAGAAUUAGGAUUCUGGUUCUGGUUCUGGCUAGGCUUUGUGAUGGCAAAAAUGGUUGUUCGUUCAAUAAAGAUGUUCAAAGAUGAAUGUCAGGACACCUCAGCUGUCUUUCUGAAGUUUUAAUGAAAAGAGGAAAAACAUUCAAGGCUGGGAACAAAGACAAAACAUACAUAUCACCCUGACAACCAUGCUUUGUCAAAGGAGCAUGACCUCACCAAGGAAUGUUCACUUGAAAACAGGAUUUGUGAAAGCAUACAAGAUCAAAAUGUAUACCAAAAUUUCCCAUUACAGCUUCCAUUCCCCCAAAAAACAUUUUAGAUUCUAUUAAUUCAGAUUAAAACUGUUUGCACCAGUUGUUCUCGCUGUUUAGUACCGGUUGUUUUCAGACUUGUUUUUUCUCUUCAUACAAAUAUUUGAAGUGUCCCAGCAGCCCGCUCGGUUUCCACGGUGACCCGUCCAGAUGGGACAGAACCACCACUGCUGGCGGCGGUUGAAUUGGUUUGAUAUUGGAUAUUAUGAAUUCAACACCCAUAAAACUUGUGAUACAUACCAAUGAUUUUGGUCAAACCACUUGUGAUGUGUUCAUGGUCAUCUGACUAUAUAUCACAAGAGAGUAAUUAUUAUAAAAUCAUAUUAUGGGCUGAUUUAAUGAGGUUUAAUGAAAACAAUCGGUGUUAUGUAUCACAAGUUUUAUGGGUGUUGAAUUCAUAAUAUCCAAUAUCCAAUAUCAAACCAAUUCAACCGCGGUCCACUGCUGUGUCAUUUGGGUCGGCAGCAGAGACGGAAGGCCCGGUGUCUUCCAGCUGGGGUUGAGAUGCUCAGAAGAGUUCCUAAUCCGACCCAAGUGUCGUUGGUUCCCGAACCAAACCAAAACACGACUGAGGAGGAAGCCAGGGGCCGAGACGUUUCUACUCUGAAAUAAACCGUCUU